AUGCUUCCGCAAAGGCACCCACAACGUGACGAUUGCGCCGUUGUCAACGCCGGCCUUGUCUGCGAAACUCCAACCCAUCUCGAAUCUUUGUGCCGCGUCAUCGGAAUAUCCGCUUCCAUGGGGUCGAAGCGGCAUGGCGCCGCGCUGCUUCUGCUCGUCGCCUCCAUAGCCGCGUACAUGCUUCCUACGGUGCCUACCGCGCCGGUGCUAGAGCGCCAUAUGUGCACGCUGCCUAUGAUUGCGUUCAAGGCGACGUGGCCGGCUGCCACGUCUGACGGUGGGCCCGUCGUCGCCUACGAACUGCAGUACCGUGCAGUGUCUUCGAUCGAAUGGACGACUGCGUCCAACACCAUCACGGGCGGCGUCUCGGCCAACCCGGCGUAUCAAGUGCAAACCAUCGUCUCGACGGGCCGCUCGGCAGCGUCAGUCAUUGCCGGCGGGUACUUUCGGCUCUCUAGCUCUUACGACAGCGUCGUCAACAUCGACGUCGAGACAGGGCGGUCGUCGACGCCUCACCUCUCGUACGAGGCGACCGCCGACCAAGUUCGCCAAGCGCUACAAGCCAUCGAAGACCUUCGCGAUGUCCGCGUCGCGCGCGACGGGCCGGACGUUAACGGCGGGUACCAGUGGCACGUGACCUUCCAUGAGCAGCAUCCACGGCCACUCCUGAGCAUCCGCAGCAGCAACCUCGACAACGGCGACGUCGCGGUGCUUCUCAACCGUGGCGAUGGGCCCAUGUGCGAAGGAAGCUGCGGCUAUGUACUUGGUCCACUGCGCAACGCUACGUCUUACAUCGUGCGCGUCCGAGCCGCGAACGCCGCGGGGUCGGGACCGUGGUCCAUCGAGUCCGACGCGCUGCUAACGUGUGCUCAGAGCGUGCCGGAUGCUGUCCGCGGACUCCACGCUGUUUCGAGCACCGACACCAGUGUGACGUUAGCAUGGGACGCGCCAAAGACACCCGAUUGGCUGCCCAUUCUUGCCUACGCGGUCGGCUACCACUGCGACUUUGAUCCGGCGUGGUCGACGCAGACGACCGUGUCGCCAACGACCGCGAUCGGAAGCCUGCGGGCCCAUGCCACCUGCUUCUUUCGUGUGCAAGCGGCCAAUGCCGUCGGUCUAGGACCAAUGGGCCCGAUGCUAACAGCAAUGACACAAGCGUCGGUGCCGUCACCGCCCCAGACCGUCACGUUGGUCGCGAACACCGCGACGCCGGAGGAGCUCACGCUCGCCUUCACCGCGCCCACUGACGACGGCGGGUCACCGCUCCUCGGAUACCGCGUCGCGUACAAACCGGUGCAUGGCUUGGCGUGGACAGAACUGAAACUCACCAACGCUACAAGCGUGCAGUUGGCCAACAUCCAGGCCUACACCCGGUACGUUGCUCGCGUGGCGGCGGUCAACGCGAUCGGUGCGAGCGCCGACGCUGUGUCCGUCAUCGUUCGCAGCAGCGCCCGGCGCGAGUUUCCGGCACCGCCAGACGACGUCACUGUGCUUCCCAACGCCCGUUGCAUUCUGUUGGGCACAGUAUCAUCUGCAGCCGCAAAUGCCGACGAUCUGGUCUACAUGGGCGGCACUGCCAAUGGCGGCGUGGACGGCAACGACGGCCAGAAUGGAUUGAUCGUGCUGCACAUCUACUCGACACUUGGACUGCGGACUCAAGAGCUCGUGUUCGACGUGUCGGCGGGUACAACUCAGACGUUUCCAGUACCCCCACCCGACACGGGCACGUCGUGGGCGUACAUCGACGUCUUUGCGUGGGGUGGGGGUGGAGGCAGUGGCAAGAACCAGGUCUGUCCAACGUGCAGCGCCGGUGGUGGCGGCGGGUUUGGCCGGGCGCCGUUCGCGGUCACACCCGGCGACGUCUUCUUGCUCACGAUUGGCGGUGGUGGGCGCGGCUAUCGCAGCGGAGGGAGCGGCGGUACCGGUGGUGGGGGCUAUGGUGGUCGUGGUGACUUUGCCGGUGGCGGUGGCGGCGGUGCCAGUACUGUGCAGCGGGGAGACACACUUCUCGUGGUUGCAGCGGGCGGUGGCGGCGGCGGGUCCACGGACUAUUGCUGCUCCAACGGCGGUGGUGGAGGUGGCAACGAUGGUGCACCAGGCGUCGCUGUCACGGCGGCCACCCUGCAACUACCACUUGCCACUUGCAGCCGAGACGAGUUUCACUCGCACUUUGUGUAUGGAGACACCCGAGACUUUACGGGUCGACCCGCCCACGACAACAACAUUGAGUUUGGGUUUUCGCCGUACGCAGAUUAUUCGCAGCUCGCGCUACCCGGUGCCGGUGGAUCGUCGCAGGGUGGUGGCGCCCCCGGACAACAGAGCUCGUACCGCCACACGACUACAACUGUCUCAUCGAACGGAUAUCACCUCCACGGUGGUCAAGGCGGGGACAGCAAGAACGGUGGUGGCGGCGGCGGCAGUGGGUUCUACGGCGGCGGUGGUGGUGGGGGCGGCUUGGCAGGGGCGGGGGGCGGCGGUGGCGCCGGUUACGUCAACUGCGCACUGGCGUAUACGUCACGACUCUCUAUGCCACCGCCGUCGCUUUUGGUACCUCAAAACCUUACCGUCUCCUCGACGCCACACGCACUGAUGUUAACUUGGCGCCCGCCACCCGCCGGGUUACUGGACACGAUCACUGGGUAUCUCGUCCAGGUCGCCCCCGGUGUCGCCAACGAGGACUUUGCUACCGCUGGAACAACGACGAGCACGAGCUUUGUUGUGGACGGGCUUUUGCCGGCCACCGAGUACGCGGUGCGCGUCAAGGUCCUCGCACGAUAUAACCACGGAACGGAGAGCGCGCGCGUCACCACUACUACUGCCAACGUCCCCGAGAAUGUGUGGACAUGGGUCCCACCAAAGCAGCUGAUGCAAGGCAAUGUUGGCGCGGGCUUGUACCACACAGAUGCACCGACGGCGCAGAGUCAGCCGGCACCGUCGCUCCGUCGCGGGCACUCGCUUGUUGCGAUUGAAGCGUUUGUCUAUCUCUUUGGCGGAUUCGGCCCUGGUUAUGCCUGUCAGCGGGGCAAUACGGGCGACUGCAGCACGAGUGCGCGCGACAACAAUGAGCUCUGGCGCUAUCACUCGCGAACGCAAACCUGGCUCCAGCUGCUCGUACCUGGUGGUCCUAGUCCGCGGGAGAAGCACUCGGCCGUCAACCUAGGAGGUGCGAACAUGCUCGUGUUUGGGGGUCGGCAGCUGCAAGCGGACAACUCGCCGGCGCUCUUCAACGAUGUGUGGUUGCUCACAGGUGCGAGCGUCUGGAGUACGGUGACCACCGGUGCAACCACUGGCGUCAAUCUGGCGAUCCCGGACGGGUUGGAUCUCUGGACGACGGCCGUCGCACGCACCGAUGUCUCGGUGACGUGCAUAGCAGCGCUGACGGUCACGCUUGUCGUCCAGCACGCGUGUCUGUCCUCGCUCGAGAUUGGCUUGUACGGGCCGGGCCCCGAUACCUUUUCACCGCUUCAAGAGGACAGUAUCUCGGGCGUAAGUGCGUCCGCGGAAGCCACGUGGUCCAUCGACAGCUUCAACCAAACGACAUUCGGACGAUCGCGGACGACGCCCACCGCUCCGUCCACGCGGGGUCACCGGGUCGAGUUGUUUGCGUCUGCCAAUGCCUCAGCGUGCACGCCAGGGGCAACAACCCUGACGUUUUCGUCAAAUGGCUCGGCGAGCAACCGGCCGUUGGAGCCAUUUGAGGCGUUCCUGCAUCUGCCCGCGGGGGGCGUCUGGACGCUACAGAUCCACGACACGACCCAGGACGGCAACAGUGGCGUGCUUCUCAGCUGGAACAUUGCAUGGACAAUGAAACCGUGUGUACCGAGCUACCAGUGGAGUAACCUCACGCCUUUGAUCGCCGGUGUGCCGCCAACGCCUCGGUACGAGCAUGCUGCGGUCGUCGUUGGCACGAGUAUGUUUGUCUAUGGUGGCAAAACCACCGGUCUCGUCAGUGUCAACGACCUCUACCGACUCGACUACGUCCCAGGCAGCUCGAGCAAUGCGUGGGUCACACUCUCUGCCGUGCCAUUGCAGCGCUACCACCGACCGUCGGGACACCUCUCGUACCUCUCGCCUUUUGAGCUGCUGCGCAUUUCGUCCGGGCUCACCGCUCCAAUCUUCGACGACAGCACGGCCAUGGUCGAGCUGAUGUACUCGAGCAUCAGCGCUCCGGGCGAUCCCCUUGCCGACAUUCCGGUGGCGGGAACGCGACCGCGACAGCGAUACUUUAGCGCUGUCGCCGGCCUCGAAACCUCGUCCGAGCUUAGACUGGUGCUCUUUGGCGGGCAAGACCACACGGGCUUUCUUGGUGAUACGUGGGAGCUCCGAAUGCUGCAGCCACCCAAUCGACCGUUUACUCAAAGCGACGUCUGUGCGUGGCGGCCUACGAACGCUCAAAUCCAAACCGAAUGGAGUGCGUCGUGCGGCUAUACAAGUGGCGCGAUGCAGACGUGUCCCGUCGCCCGCAUCUUGCUCGCUGCAUACUGCUCUCAGACAUACCAGAGCAUCGCCAACCUCUACUAG